ACUUUGCUGCAGGCAGGGAGGGACUCACUUUCACUUCCUCCUUCACUUUGAACAGCAGCAACAGCAGCUUGGUGGAGUUUUCUGCAGCUGUCAAUAGAAGAAAGCCAAAGCAGAGGAUUGCCAGUCUGUUUCCCAGCUCCCAUCUUUUCCUCCCCGAAGUGAGUGGUACCCUGAAGAGGAGCAGCAGCAGGUGUUACGGAUGGGCAUAACCGAGAUGGAAGAAAGAGAGAGGAUGAGCUACCAGGAGGACCACCACUUGGGGCACGGUGAUGUGGAAGAGGAGCUCCAGAGCCUGGGAUGGUAUCAUGACAGUCUUACUCGGCAUGCAGCGGAGGCUCUUCUUCUUUCCAAUGGGAGCGACGGGAGUUACCUCUUACGGAAGAGCAAUGCGAAGACCAAUCUGUUUUCUCUCUCAGUAAGAGCAAAAGAUUCUGUCAAACAUUUUCAAGUGGCGUACACUGGAUCUUCGUUCAAAUUUGGUUUUAAUGACUUUUCAAGCUUGAACGAGUUGAUUAAGCAUUUUGCCAAUCAACCCUUAAUUGGCAGUGAGACAGGUACUCUGAUUGUACUGAAACAUCCAUAUCCUAAGAAAGUGGAAGAACCUUCUAUUUAUGAAUCUGUGCGGGUUCAUACAGCAAUGCAGACAGGAAAAACAGAAAUUGAUCUUGUCCCCAACGCACCAUCGCUGGGUACAAAAGAAGGCUAUCUGACCAAACAAGGCGGGAUCGUUAAGAAUUGGAAAACUAGGUGGUUUACAUUGCACAGGAAUGAGCUGAAAUAUUAUAAAGACCAGAUGUCCACAGAGCCAAUCAGAACACUAGACUUAACAGAAUGCACAGCAGUACAGUUUGACUAUUCACAGGAUAAAGUCAAUUGUUUUUGUUUAGUAUUCCCAGUGAGGACAUUUUAUCUCUACGCAAAGACUGGAGUAGAAGCCGACGAGUGGAUUAAGAUAUUGCAGUGGAAACUGUCACAGAUAAGGAAGCAAGCCCGCCAGCGCGAUAGCACACUCAGUCCAUAGAUAUGUCCAUAGGAACUUUGCCUGCAUGAGGUCCAUCAUGCUAGUUCAAGCCAAUGCUCCAUCAAGCCUGCCAUUGUGAAGAACAGAAGAAUUGCAGUGCUGGGUUGGACGAGAAAUCCAUCACCCCCAGCACUGUCUCUGGCGGAUGACCAUACAAAUGUUCCUGGAACUGUCACAUGAAAGCAUGAUGGAACUAGCCAACUCUGAUGACUGUCCCCAGCAUCCUCUAAUCAAAAGAAUCCUGCCUCUGAAGGAAAAUCCAUGUUUAUCUCUUGCAACUCAUAGCGGUAUUGUGUAUUCCAGUCUUUGCUUCCAUGCAUCGUUCUUUUCUAUGUGGAUGAUUCCAGUUGCACAGAAUGAAUGAAAGCACUUCAGGUGUGAACAGUUCACUCAAAGGGAUAUAUUCAUAGUAUGAGCAGCCACUGAACAAUCUGUGAAAAACUCUGUCCCAGCAUACUCUACAGCUUCCCAGUAAUUUCCUCCAAAUUCUUGAGCACAAGCUACAUGUACACUGCAAAGAAAGUUGUUUUAACCUUGUCUGCUACAGGUUCUAAAAUCAUGAUGUAGGUGGUCAGGAUAAAGGUUGAAGAAGACUUAGAGCCCCAUCCAAAGUGGCAGGGGCCAAAUCCACUAGUGAAAGUGGCAUUUAGCCCUGUGGAGGAGUAAAACCACCGGCAUGUAGCUGCCGCUGGCCACCCCUGGUGCUGGGACACUAAUACAGUUGUGUAAAAUAGAGCACAUGCAGCCUAAAAUAGGGACUGGAGGUGGUCAUCUGAUUCACAGUGCAAAUGGAAAUAUGCACCCCUCCCAAAAUUUGCAGUCUACAGUUCAAAUUGAUUCUUGGGACACUUCUGACUACAGCAAUGGAAUCCAGUACAGGUGCACAGUUUUUGAUCCAGCUAGAGCAGUGGUUCUCAACCUUCCUAAUGCUGUGACCCUUUAAUACAGUUCCUCACGUUGUGGUGACCCCCAACCAUAAAAUUGGUAUACCGGUAUAUAAAAUAUAAAAAUACUAUUUUCUGAUGGUCUUAGGCGACCCCUAUGAAAGGGUCGUUUGACCCCCAAACAGGUCGCGACCCCCAGGUUGAGAACCACUGAGCUAGAGCAAAGCAUACGUAUUUGGCAUACUUUGAAAUAUUGUUGUGCCGGUAGCACAAAACUAAUCCCACACCUAUUUAGAGACCAUUGUUAACAUACAGUCACUUUUUUUGCAUUUGGGGAAAGUAUCCUGGGUUGGUCCAACAGCAGCAGAAACAGUUGUAGGUAUGUAUUUGUGAGGACAUGCGUGUGUUUUUGUAUGCAUGUGUACAUUACUGGUAUAGUUACUGAUCACAGAAAGAGAACUCUUCUCUAUAAAGAAGAGAUAAUUAGAAACCAUUAUAAUAUUUUAGUUAGAUAUUUUAAAAAGCUUUUAGAAACAGCACUGUGUCAUAUUUCUUAUGUUUAGUACCAGAAACAUUUCAAAAUAAACUGAAUCCAGCAAACUAGAGAAUAAGAACAGAAGACAGCAGGGUUUUUAAUAAAUGUACCAGGAACAGCAAGAGCUCAUGCAUUCCUGUAUCCUUGUUAUAAAUUUCUAAUGAACUGAUAAUAAAAGAGAAAAAAAGUGA